UCUGUGGUGGGCGUGACUGCAUGUAGCCUCUGCUUGCUAAUGCUAGAGGAAAAUCGAUCCAGGGAAUUUUUACAAAACGAAACCACAUCGAUUGAACGAAACAGGGAGAGGAUAACACUUUUGCUGCAGGAGGUUUACCUGCAACCCUUACAAGACCCAAUGGCUACCGACAUGCCCAUGGACACGGUGCCGGCUCCUCACCCUGCCCCCGCCGCGCCUCCUGACAUUACCCCAUCCUCUCCUCCUAAUCUCAGCUCCAGUGCAGCCCAAGAUCAGAUUCCCACCCGGCAGCCAGCAGUAGCUGAAACCCCCGACACAGCGGUAACCUCAGAACAUGAUGCUGCUCCAGGUCUCACCACGGCCAAGCCUACAGACCCAGAUCUGGCCCCAGGCCUUGUUCCAGGCUCUGAGCUGCCCUCGACCCCUCUGCUGCCACCACUGCCACCAGUCAGCGCCAAGAACCCCAGCUGCAAGAUCAUGACCUUCCGGCCCACCAUGGAGGAGUUCAAAGACUUCGCCAAAUACAUUGUCUACAUGGAGAGUCAGGGAGCUCACCGUGCUGGGCUGGCAAAAGUGAUUCCCCCAGAGGGCUGGAAGCCGCGGAGGUCCUAUGACACCAUCGAGGACAUGGUGAUUCCAGCUCCCAUCACGCAGGUAGUGACAGGACAGUCUGGUCUGUUCACUCAGUACAACAUCCAGAAGAAGUCGAUGACUGUAGGCGAGUACCGCAAGCUGGCCAACAGCAAGAAGUACUGCACACCCCGGCACAAAGACUUUGAUGAUCUAGAGAGGAAGUACUGGAAGAACCUGACAUUUGUGUCACCAAUUUAUGGUGCAGAUGUCAGUGGCUCCAUCUAUGAUGAGGACAUUCAAGAGUGGAACAUUGGCCACCUCAACACACUGCUGGAUAUGGUGGAGCAGGAAUGUGGCAUCGUUAUUGAAGGUGUCAACACUCCCUACCUCUACUUUGGCAUGUGGAAGACCACAUUUGCCUGGCACACUGAGGACAUGGACCUCUACAGCAUCAACUACCUGCACUUUGGACAGUCGAAGUCCUGGUAUGCGGUUCCACCUGAGCACGGCAAGAGGCUGGAGAGGCUGGCACAAGGCUUCUUCCCUGGCAGCUCCCAAGGCUGUGACGCCUUCCUUCGCCACAAGAUGACGCUAAUAUCUCCGUCCAUCCUGAAGAAAUAUGGCAUUCCCUUUGACAGAAUAACUCAGAAUGAAGGGGAGUUUAUGAUCACCUUUCCGUAUGGCUACCAUGCUGGCUUCAACCAUGGCUUCAACUGUGCAGAGUCUACAAACUUUGCCACCCUGCGCUGGGUGGACUACGGCAAGAUGGCUACCCAGUGUACCUGUCGUAAGGACAUGGUGAAGAUCUCCAUGGAUGUGUUUGUGCGCUGCCUGCAGCCGGAUCGCUAUGAGCUGUGGAAGCAGGGCAAAGACAGUGUGGUGUUGGACCACCUUAAGGCCACUGAGCUCAACAGCCCCGAACUAGAUCAGUGGAGGCAGCAUCGUGUAACCCAACGAGAAAACCUCCUGCGAAGGGCCAUGCAAAAGAUGAAGCAGGUCCGUCGUCUAAAGCUGGAGGAGGUGAAGGUGCUGGCGGAGGAAGGCAUUGAACUGAAUGCUGCUGAGUACCAGCGUCAGGUAGAAGAGCGCGAGGCUCAGCGGAGGCAUGAGAGAGAGGAGCGGCUAGCCAGAGAGGCCAUGAUGACCCUGGAGGCCAUGGAGCGCGAGGAGCAGGAGGCUGCUGAGGCCGCUGCUAAAGCAGCAGAGACUCCAGCUGUAAAGGCAGAAGAACCCGAGGCCAAACCACAGAUCCUGACAGAGGACACUGACAAAAAGAAGCACAAAAAGCCGAAGAAGAUGUCAAUUGCCCACGACACCAUGACUGGGUUUGAGGAAGCAUUUAAGCAGUUUGCUACAUCCAGCAUCAAGAAAUCAAAGAACGCCACAGUCAGUGAUACAGAGGUGGAAAACCCUCUUACCUCAAGACCGAGUGACAUCCCAGCAGACAGCAAGCUGGAUGCGACUACCACCCAGGCAUGCUACUCCAAGAUGAAGAUGCCAACAGAGGUAAAAAAGAGUCGCCGUCACCCCCUCAGCAAGCCACCCAUGCGCUCCCCUCGGUCCAUCUUAAAGCAAGACCCGAGUAGCGACAAAGAGCUGUCCUCCCCUAUACCGCUGGACAGCGACAUGAAGAAACAGGAGCACCUGUGGCAGAAUCAGUCGCCCAACUUCCUGGCAGAGAAGGCCUUCAAUGCUGCAGUGGCAGCACUCCAACCACACUGUGCUAUCUGUUCACUCUUCUGUCCCUACACAAAGCCACACAAAGACGCCUUAAUUUCAAAUGAGACCCAUCGAGCCUCCCUUCCCCGCCAUGGCAGUGUGACUCGCCCACUGGUCCCAGAGAUGUGCUUCAGCGUCGGUGCAUGCAACACUGAGCCACCACCCACCAACUAUCACAUUGGAGAGGAUGGAACCAGUCUUCUCCUCCGCUGUUCAUCUUGCCACAUGCAGGUUCAUGCCAGUUGUUACGGUGUGAAGCCAGACUCAGUCGGUGAAUCCUGGAUGUGCUCCAGGUGUGCAGAAGGAGCCUGGACGGUGGAGUGCUGUCUCUGUAACUUGCGGGGAGGAGCUUUGAAGACUACCACAGACAAUCGGUUAGUGGUCCAUGUUAUCUGUGCCAUCGCUGUCGCUGAAGCUCGCUUCGUCAAGGCCAUUGAGAGGGACCGGUGGACGUUCAGUGCCGUUCCGAAAUCCCGCGCAAGAAUCUUGUGUGUGUUUUGCCAUCGCAAGAAUGCCAGUCAGAACCGCGGCGCCUGCAUCCAGUGCUCACACAAGAACUGUGCCACCUCCUUCCACGUCACCUGUGCCCAAAUUGCCGGAGUAGUCAUGACACCAGCCGACUGGCCCUAUGUGGUGUCCGUCACCUGUCACAAGCAUAAAGGUGUCAUUCUGAAGCCUCGGACAGCACCCAAAGGCCCACAGAGUCCGAACCUAGGCCAGAAGGUGAUUGGUCGCAACAGUGACGGCUGGUACUAUCACUGUACCAUCAUUGGCAUGGCAACGCAGACGUUCUACGAGGUCAAUUUUGACGAUGGCUCAUAUUGUGACAAUGUUUACCCAGAAAACAUAGUGAGUCAUGACUGCCUGCGUUCCGGUCCUCCCGAGGUGGGGGAGUUGGUUGUGGUCAGUACGCCUGAGGGUCAGGUCCUCAAUGCUUCCUUUGUGAGACAGCACAGCCACAAGUGCUACCAGGUUGAGUUUCAGGACCAGAGUCAGCUAAUGCUAAAACCUUCAGAGAUCCAUCAGCAGGAUCAGGAGCUGCCCAAGAGGGUCCGAGCCAGACUGGCCAUACCUGUAACACAGGAGGAGGUUUCCCCAGCAGAUGAAGCCCAAGCAGCCAAACGCCGCUGUCUGCCCUCAGGUUCAGCCCCGCCCGCUGAAACCUCCAUGGAGACAACCAACAAGCCUGCCUGCCCCCUAACUACAGCCCCGGUAGCAUCACCAGCAGCAGAACAUCACAGUAUUAGUACACCGCCGACCUCACAAGCUCUGUCCCAGCCCACUCUGACCCCACAGGAUGCCCCUGCCGCAACCAAUGGUAUUCAGAUGGACGCUGAGACCCCAAUGGACACGAGCGUCGCCCUCACCGAUGCUCUAACGGAGUCCACCCUGGCCUCAGACCCCACGCUGACUCCACAGUCAACCCCUUUCCAGUCGAAGUUGAACUCUGACCCUCUCCUGUCCGCCCCUUCCCUGCCCUCACCUCAGCACAUGUCCGACAGCUACAUGCCGAGCAGCGGCUACGUUUCCUACAUGGAGACCCUCCUCCAUUCACAUUUCCCUCAGGACGAUGGCCCCGGAUCCCUGUAUUAAAAACCAACUCCACUAUAAUAUUACUCGGCCAGUGGAGGCUGAGCCCAUAGGAAGUAAGCUAAUGGAGGUGGAUUCUACUGAGUGCUGUAUUAAUGGACAAAAACAUUUCCUCCACCGGCUCUGAGAGCUCAGGGUCAUGGCAGGAAAAGAGACGGACACACAAGCACUCUUUUAAUGCAUGUUACUUUUCUAUUUUUGAGAUAAUGUAUUUGCAGUGGUGCUUUUGCGUGCUCUGAAGCAGCAGCUAAAGAGGACAAGGUUUUUUGUGUGUGUU